AUGUUUGAAAUAUUAGAAGAUAAUGUCACAAUAGAAGAUUGUCGAAUUAAAAACGAAAUACCAGAAGACGGUGUUACAACAGAAGAUGAUCAAAUUAAAAAUGAAAUAUUAGAAGACAGUAGUGCUAGUGUAAAACAUGAAGAAAUUUAUGUAAAUGAGGAGCAUUUUUAUUUGCCUCAUAUUAAAGUUGAAAAAGAAUUACAUACAGAAAGUGUUUCAGAAUCACAACGAGUUUAUAAUGAAGUAGGAUCAUUUUCAUGUGAUGUUUAUAAUAGACAAACUAGUUCAGUUCAAGACAAACAGAUUUACACCGGAGAAAAAUCAUUUUCAUGUGAUGUUUGUAAUAAAUCAAUUAACACUCUAAAUCAUUUAAUUAUACAUAAAAGGAUUCACACUGGAGAAAAACCAUUUUCAUGUGAUACUUGUAAUAAAGCAUUUACUCAACAAAGCAAUUUAACUAGACAUAAACGGAUUCACACGGGAGAAAAACCAUUUUCAUGUGAUAUUUGCGACAAAUCAUUUACUAAUAAAAGUCAUUUAGUUGGACAUGAACGGAGUCACAAGGGUGAAAAACCAUUUUCAUGUGAUAUUUGUAAUAAAACAUUUACUCAUGGAAGUAAUUUACAUAAACAUAAAAGGGUUCAUACUGGAGAAAAACGAUUUCCCUGUGAUAUUUGUAACAAAACAUUUACUCAACAGAGUAAUUUAGUUCAACAUAAACGGAUUCACGCUGCAGAGAGACCAUUUUCAUGUGAUACUUGUAAUAAAACAUUUACGAAUAAAAGUCAUUUAAUUAGGCAUACACGAAUUCAUACCGGAGAAAAAUCUUUUGAAUGUGAUAUUUGUAAUAAAACAUUUACUGAUUCAACCAGUUUAGGUAUACAUAAAAGGAUUCAUAGUGGAGAAAAACCAUUUUCUUGUGAUAUUUGUAAUAAAGCAUUUGCUCAUCAAAAAAUGUAA